AACUGUAAACUCUUAGGUCUGAAAGUUAAAAGGCAACGGAUCUUUGACAGCUCUUCCACUCUUUUGAAUCCGAAUGUUGAAGGAGAAUUCUAAAGUACAGCUAAGACAUGAUAUGAAUUUUUAACCUUUUGUCUUCCAAAUUGAGGUUUUAAGCAGUUUUAGCGUGUAAAGCAAUUACUUGCUGGAAUAGCUGCUCUUUACUGAAUAUGCUUGGAAAAAAUGCUGGGUUUAAAGUGAUUAUCUUAUGAGAUCUCUUGACAGAUUUUGAUUGAUUUCAUCUUUGCAACUGGAAUUGUUGUCUUUUAUCUCGUUUUCUAAGAGACAUCCAGGAUUUGGUAGAUUUCAUACUAGGGUCGGAAUGGAUUUACAUUUGAAGAAUCUGUUUGAUAGAUUCCAGGAGCAAUUUGGUUCUGGUCCUGGUCUCGGUCCUGGAUCCGGGACGUGCCUUAUGAAGGUAGAAGGCAUUUCUUCUAACUUUAUAAAGCUCUUAUUUAAAGCCUCUGCUGCCUUAUAUAGAACUGAACCUUGGAGAAGAUUGCGCCCAGGGCAUUUGUUUGGUGUCCGAGUCGGGAAAGAUUCGGAUUGGUCAGGCAAAAAACAGCCUUUUCCGUGUUCCCAGUUCAUUGGAGGAGAUGGUGGGGAUAUUGGGUUUUAUAUGUUUAGAUCUGAAAAUGAUGCUAAGAAGAUGACAGGCUCAAGGGAGACAAUUCGAGUUCCAAAUGUUGAGCUUUUGAGGGUCACAUACGAGCUUGAGACAUUAAUGUUUCCUUCCAACCGCAAAAUGAUCAAGUCAUUGUCAUUGGAAGCAUCUGGGAACGAUCGGUUUCCUGUUAUUGAUGUCACACGCUGCACAUCUUCUGGUGAGCUUCAAUUUAGGAAUCCUACCCUGGAAGAACUGAAGUUUGUCUAUGCUUUCAUGAGAGCCAUUUCCUUGGUGCACCCAUUGCUUCAGGCGGAUAAAGAAGGUGGUUCAAACUGGACAAAGUUGAUAAGUUUUGGCCCCUUUAUCGAGACAGUUGACAUUCAGUGGCCUCCAGAAAUGGCUAGAGGUCAUGAGCUUGUUGCUGUUACAAUCUCACAUCCACCUGGUCAGGCAUAUGAAGAAAAGAUAAGUUCAACCGCCAGCUCAACACCAACCAAGUAUGCAGAGCCUCCAGAUGAGGUCACCUUCAUGGAUAUUAGAGUAAACUCAAAUUCAAGCUCAAGGCAUUGUGCAAUGUGUGAGAAAGAAGUUAAUGGAGAUCAAUCUCUCUGCUGUGGGCGAUGUCGAGCAGUGGUCUACUGCACUUCUCUCUGCCAAAAGCAGCACUGGAAGGAGUCACAUAAAAGCAUGUGCGGUCUGUACAAAGCUAUGAUGGAAAGGGAAGAAGAGCUUGUAAUGAAAAUCUUCAUGUUCCCUUGCUCUGCUGCCCAACCUUGUAAAUGGCUUGAAUCAUUGGGAAUCCAUCAGAAAGGGAUGUGGAGAAGGAAGUGCAGUUGCUACUCUCACUGCCCUUUUGGUCUCCUUCCAGUUAAAGGUGGGUUAUGGGAUUCCUGGGGUGGGCUAGAUGAUGAAGAAUACCCUGGUGAUUUGCCCUUCCACAACCAACUACGAGAUGGGAUCUCUAGCCCUAUCCUUCUUUCUGGUUGGUCCGAGUACUAUAACCUUCGGUCCCUGCCAUUGUCGAGCCCUGUUGCUGAUAUUCUUUCCCACCCUUUGACUGUUUAUCAUAUAUUGACGGCUCUCAGUAUCAAUACAAAGAAUCUUUUACUAAAGGGAAAGGAGGUGAUUCUUCACUACCUGGGGCCUGAAGGGGAGAUGGAUUGGAUGCCUGCAUUUUCUGAAAUCAGUCACUUGUUAAACGGGUUGGGUAAUAUACAAAUCAUUAUGGUAGGACCUGAAGUUCCGACAAACUUGUCAGGUACCACAUCAGGAAUUAGUAGCAGAGUUAGGGUGAAUCUAGUAAGGGGUGUUUAUCAGGAAGAAGCCACCUACUUGCCUUCCCCCCAUGUUAUAGUUGCUCUGAACUGUGCAUUGGAUAGGUAUUCCAGCUGGGGUGGUGCUCUUGAUCUGAUUAAAGCCAUCGGCGUCCCUGCUUUCUUCACUGAGCAAUCUGAAAUUUUGUGUGCAAAUGCUAAACAGGUUCUACGUGGUGCUGGACUACAUAUUACCCACCCAGUGACACCUAAUCCCUUCCGUUCCCCAGUUAAGAAUCACGAUUCUUCCACCAAUCUUCCUUCUUACAGCAAUGGAUUUGUGCUGGGGGUAAAUGCAUGACUCAAGUUUCAGGCAUCACUGGACACCGGAACCUAAGUUUUUUCAUGAUUUUAUUUUAGAAGUAGAUGUUGAAUGUUGUUAACUGCUUUAUUACCUACUGAUAAGAUAUUGGCUGAGAGACAAUCUGGGAAUGAAAUUCUUACUGCAAGAUAGGCUGUUUCCCUUAUUGAGUUGAAUACAAUGAUGUAAACUUUAUUAUUUUUCUAUCACUUCUGAUUAAUAAAAACAAUGGCUGCGAACGAA